GAGCUCAGUCCGCGCAGUAACAAAUGAAGUGCGCGCUGCGACACCUCCCAGCUCUCCCGGCCCCGCCGCCAUUUCGUCGCCUGGCCUAACGGUUCGGCCAAUCCCGACACGUAUCGGAAAGGACUAGCGCUCCACCAAUCGGAGGCCGCUGACUCCGAGCUCACCUCGGGCCGGCCCAAUCCAGACUCCGGUCCCGCCGCCACUAGCCCGCCCCCGCCGCAUCCUCUCUCCUCCCUCUUUGUGCGUCUGGCGCCGCCGCCGCCCGCCGCGUGAGAGGACUGGCUCCCCGCGCUCCUCGGCAGCGUAGUCGGGUCCCCUCCCCCCCGGAAGGUUCGCGAAGGAGAAGCCGCCGCCGAGGACGAGAAACCGCUGGUGCCGGUCCCCUGGGGCGCCAUGGCGACCGGAGCGAACGCCACGCCGCUGGACUUCCCAAGUAAGAAGAGGAAGAGGAGCCGUUGGAACCAAGACACAAUGGAACAGAAGACAGUGAUUCCAGGAAUGCCCACAGUUAUCCCCCCUGGACUGACACGGGAACAAGAAAGAGCUUACAUAGUGCAACUACAGAUAGAAGACCUGACUCGUAAACUGCGCACAGGAGACCUGGGCAUCCCCCCUAACCCUGAGGACAGGUCCCCUUCCCCUGAGCCAAUCUACAACAGUGAGGGGAAGCGGCUUAAUACUCGAGAGUUCCGUACCCGCAAAAAGCUUGAAGAGGAGCGACACACACUUAUCACAGAGAUGGUUGCUCUCAACCCGGACUUUAAACCACCUGCAGAUUACAAGCCUCCAGCAACACGUGUGAGUGAUAAAGUAAUGAUCCCCCAAGAUGAGUAUCCAGAAAUCAAUUUUGUGGGUCUCUUAAUUGGGCCUAGAGGGAACACUCUGAAGAACAUUGAGAAGGAAUGCAAUGCCAAGAUCAUGAUACGGGGGAAAGGAUCUGUGAAAGAGGGGAAAGUUGGGCGCAAAGAUGGUCAAAUGUUGCCAGGAGAGGAUGAACCCCUUCAUGCUUUAGUCACUGCCAAUACAAUGGAGAAUGUAAAAAAGGCAGUAGAACAGAUCAGAAACAUCCUGAAGCAGGGUAUUGAGACCCCAGAGGACCAGAAUGAUCUACGGAAGAUGCAGCUUCGGGAGUUGGCUCGUUUGAAUGGCACUCUACGAGAAGAUGAUAACAGGAUCUUAAGACCCUGGCAGAGCUCAGAGACACGCAGCAUUACCAAUACUACCGUGUGUACCAAGUGUGGAGGGGCUGGCCACAUUGCCUCCGAUUGCAAAUUUCAGAGGCCUGGUGACCCUCAGUCGGCUCAGGAUAAAGCACGGAUGGAUAAAGAAUAUUUGUCCCUUAUGGCUGAGCUAGGGGAAGCUCCUGUCCCUGCAUCUGUGGGCUCUACCUCUGGACCUGCCACCACUCCCUUGGCCAGUGCACCAAGACCUGCUGCUCCUGCCAGCAACCCACCACCACCGUCUCUCAUGUCUACAACACAGAGUCGCCCACCCUGGAUGAAUUCUGGCCCUUCAGAGAAUCGGCCCUAUCAUGGCAUGCAUGGAGGUGGUCCUGGUGGGCCUGGAGGUGGCCCCCACAGUUUCCCACACCCAUUACCCAGUCUGACAGGUGGGCAUGGUGGACAUCCCAUGCAGCACAACCCAAAUGGACCACCACCACCUUGGAUGCAGCCACCACCCCCACCGAUGAACCAGGGCCCCCACCCACCUGGGCAUCAUGGCCCUCCUCCAAUGGAUCAGUACCUGGGAAGUACGCCUGUGGGCUCUGGGGUCUAUCGCCUGCAUCAAGGAAAAGGUAUGAUGCCGCCACCGCCUAUGGGCAUGAUGCCGCCGCCUCCGCCACCUCCCAGUGGGCAGCCCCCGCCUCCUCCCUCUGGUCCUCUUCCUCCAUGGCAGCAGCAGCAGCAGCAGCCUCCGCCACCCCCUCCGCCCAGCAGCAGUAUGGCUUCCAGCACCCCCUUGCCAUGGCAGCAAAAUACGACGACUACCACCACGAGCGCUGGCACAGGGUCCAUCCCGCCAUGGCAACAGCAGCAGGCGGCUGCCGCAGCUUCUCCAGGAGCCCCUCAGAUGCAAGGCAACCCCACUAUGGUGCCCCUGCCCCCCGGGGUCCAGCCGCCUCUGCCGCCCGGGGCCCCUCCCCCUCCGCCGCCUCCGCCACCUGGUUCCGCCGGCAUGAUGAUCCCUCCCCGCGGCAGCGAUGGCCCGAGCCAUGAGAGUGAGGACUUUCCGCGCCCAUUGGUGACCCUUCCAGGCAGACAGCCUCAGCAGCGCCCUUGGUGGACAGGAUGGUUCGGCAAAGCAGCCUGAGUUAUUUUUGUGGACGGAAUCGGAACACGCUGGCUCCAUAUCGUGAAAUUUUUAUUAAUUUUUAUCUUUUUCCUUUGUUAUUUCCUUAUCUUUUCCUUUCUUCAGACUCCGUCCAAGGAGAUGCUCUCCCCGGUCUUCUGCUGCAGAUAGAAUCCUUUCCCUUGUCUCCAUUCCUCUCUCCCCAAGGAGAGAGGAGCAAAUGGUUAGGCACAGACUUUGGCCAUUAAUGUCAAGCUUGGUUGUGAGGGUGGGUCCUGUGUGGUUUAUCUUUGCCACCUUUUAAAGCAUCUUGAGAAUUUAGAUGUUGCUAGAUAGGGUUAAUCCAGCCCUGGGAUUCAUAGCUUCCUGUACUCCUGCCAGCAGUAAGUGGGACAGCCCAAGCCACUAUAGACCUGCCUGCCAGCCUGGAGUCUUCCAUGCUCCUGAUCACCUAAACUGCCUCAGAUGCCAUUUGCUUCUCUUCUUCCUGGAAAGCUUCCCUUUAUGUUUUAUUUUGACCCCAGAUGUCCAGAUGUUUUGCAGUAUCUGGGGCUUGUGCCCCUUGUUCUUCGUUCAGCUUCUUUGCCCCCUUGCCUCUACAUGGAGUGAUUAUGUUGACAAUAAUGUGUAAUGCGCAUUCUUUUCACUGGUUUAUCUACAGAAAUUUCUCUGGGUUUUUUUUUUUUGUUUUGUUUUUGUUUGUUUUGUUUUGGUGUUUGAUUCAACACUGCACUAAAGGGGGGAAUGUUCCAUUGAAUAAAAGAGCAGUGUGGUUUUC